ACACAAGGCAAUUACACCACCACACACUGACACUCACACAAACACACUAUAAAACCCCAGACCCGAAAGCGGAAACUCUUUCGUCCUUCAACCAGCUUCUCUCUCUCUUGGCGGCGGCUCUCAGUUCUCGACCCCAAACCCUAGCUUAUUUCCAUUUCUUAAAUCAAAAUCGUGUAUAUGUAGUUUCAUUUCAUCUUUCUACACGUUAUUUAUUUAAUUACAUAUACACACACGAUAAUUAUAUUAUCACACGGAUAAAAUCAUAGAGAAAGGUUGAGGCUGGAGAAGAAACGAAAAUGGAUUUGGUGGAGGAGAAGAGGAAGCAGCGAGAAUUUGCAUUAGCGUCGGUGUCUGAGGUUUCUUCUUCUUCCUCUUCAUCUUCUUUGUCGGGUGUUGCUGUGUUCGCUGGUGACCGUCUUCAAAUUCGGAACGAAUCUAACCUUAUUCUUCUCAGUGCUCAUCUUACAGAUGUUCAGCCAUUCAGGUUAGGUCCUAUUGAAUCUGUUUGCAUGGUGGAAGGGUCUGAUGCGGACAAACAGACAUCGUAUUCCAGUGGAGUCGCUAUACAGUUUAGAAAUGUGGAAGAGAGUGAGGCCUUCCAUUGUGUAUUCCAACAAUGGAAGAAGGAAUUCAAUGUUCAAGGAGGAAAUUUACCAAAUGGAACUAAUGUAAUAACUUCUAAAAGCAAGUUUGAUGAGAAGAUAGAGUCAUCUUCUGCAAAAAUGUAUUUUCAUUAUUAUGGACAACUUCUGCAUCAACAAAAUAUGUUGCAGGACUAUGUGAGGACAGGAACCUAUUAUGCUGCAGUUAUUGAGAAUCGGUCAGAUUUCAUGGGCCGUGUAGUAGUUGAUGUUGGUGCUGGUAGUGGAAUUUUGUCAUUAUUUGCUGCCCAGGCUGGUGCAAAACAUGUUUAUGCUGUGGAAGCAUCUGAAAUGGCAGAAUACGCACGUAAACUUAUAGCUGGGAACCCAAUACUUGGACAACGAAUUACAGUUAUUAAAGGCAAAGUUGAGGAUGUUGAACUGCCUGAGAGAGCAGAUAUUCUGAUCUCUGAGCCCAUGGGCACCUUGUUAGUCAAUGAAAGAAUGCUGGAGUCUUAUGUCAUUGCAAGGGAUAGGUUUCUCACCCCUAAUGGGAAAAUGUUUCCUAGUGUAGGAAGGAUUCACAUGGCUCCCUUCAGCGAUGAAUAUUUGUUCGUUGAAAUUGCUAAUAAGGCACUGUUUUGGCAGCAACAAAACUAUUAUGGCGUUGAUUUGACGCCCUUACAUGGUACUGCCUUCCAAGGAUACUUUUCUCAGCCUGUGGUCGAUGCUUUUGAUCCAAGGUUGUUAAUAGCUGCUCCUAUGUUCCAUGUGAUAGACUUUACCAAAAUAAAGGAAGAGGAGCUAUAUGAAAUUGACAUUCCUCUUAGAUUCAUAGCCACUGUGGGUGCCAGGCUACAUGGGUUGGCUUGUUGGUUUGAUGUGCUGUUCAAUGGAAGUACUGCUCGAAGGUGGCUUACCACUGCCCCUGGUUCACCUACAACCCACUGGUAUCAGUUACGCUGUGUUCUCUCACAGCCAAUAUAUGUUGUGGCAGGGCAAGAAAUCACUGGCAGGAUGCACUUGAUUGCCCACACUGCGCAGAGUUAUACAAUCUAUUUAACAUUGUCAGCGAAAACAUGGGGCCCUGGUGCUGAACAAGGAGGGAUUCUUCAAACAUCAUCCUGUAAACUUGAUCUGAAAGAACCUUACUAUAGAAUGUCUCAACCGCAAGCUUAUCCAUUAAACCAAGAUCAGCAACCUCAAGUACUUCUACCGACACAAGAUAUAAACAUCCAAUCUCAAGAUUUGGAUGAGGUGGAGAUGAUGCACCAGCCUUCGCCCAAGUCCUGUGCUCAAAUUGACUCCCUCAUGCAGAAUGCAUAAGUUGAUGAAUACUUUAUGCUUUGUAACAUGAAUGAACUUGUUAGGGGAAUAUGUCCGUCUUUAUUUGGAUAUACCCCUUCCUUGUACAUCGAUGUUCUUUCUAUCUAUUGUGAGUGAUUGUGCUGCAAAAUCCUGUAUUCAAUUGCAUCGUAAUUUAUCCAGCAACACAUUGCAUUCUUAAGCCUGGUAAAAUUGUGAGCCUCAUCUUUUGAGGCAUUGCAUCUGCCUUUGAAAGGACAUGUCAGGUUCAUAGGGGGAAAAGCGUUAUUUUUUCUUAACUU